GUUUGCUGUGAGUGUUGGCUACUGGAAGGACCCCUACAUCCAGUAUUUUGUGAGACAAGCCAAAGAAAGGAAGGCGCCUGAGAUCAACAGAGGUUACUAUGCUCGUGUGCACGGGGUCAGUUACCUGAUCAAGGCUUUCCUGGAGAAGACAGAAUGCAACUGUCAGAUUGUGAAUCUUGGGGCUGGCAUGGACACCCUGUUCUGGAGGCUGAAGAGAGCAGGUGUGCUGUAAUGAAUGUGCAGAAGCUGGGAGGCAGUUACUGGAGUGCUCUGAGUGCUGGUUUCAUCUCAGAAAGGCACGGGUUGAGAGCCAGCACGGGCAGCAGCAUCCAUCACAAAGGGACUGCUGCGAGGGGAGACUUGGCACAGCUUCUCCAGCAGGCUGGGAAACGGUGCCAGCGUGGAAUGAAGAGCUUUCCCCUCUUUUGUAGUGCUGGCAGGCUGGCUGUGCUCUGGCUGUGGCUGGAGGAGGGCUGGAACGUGGUCACUGUCUGGGAUGAAAACCUUCUCCCUAGGAAAUAUUUUGAAGUGGAUUUUCCAAUGAUCGUUGCAAGAAAAAUCCAUAAUAUCAAAUCAAAACCUCCCCUGUCAAAACCAAUUAUGGAAUCCCAUUCAGGGGACUCUCUUCUAAUAGAUUCCCACAGCCUGGACUCCAGUCGCUACUCCAUAGUGGGAGCAGACCUGCGCUUCUCCUCAGAGCUGGAGGAAAAGCUAAGGAAGCACAGCUUGGAUGUGCAUUUGCCAACGCUGCUGGUGGCCGAGUGUGUGCUGGUGUACAUGACCCCCCAGCAGUCUGCAAACCUGCUCAAGUGGGCAGCAAACACCUUCCCCGUGGCCAUGGUUAUCAAUUAUGAGCAGGUGAACAUGCGGGACCGCUUUGGGCAGAUCAUGAUCGAGAACCUGCAGCGCCGGCAGUGCAACCUGGCUGGGGUGGAGCUCUGCAGCUCCCUGGACUCCCAGAGGGAGCGGCUGCUGGCCAGUGGCUGGGAGAACGCCCGUGCCAUCGAUAUGAUGAAGGUGUACAGCUUCCUGCCACAGGCUGACGUCAGGAGAAUAGAAGCCCUUGAAUUCCUGGAUGAAAAGGAACUGUUUGAACAGCUGAUGCAGCACUACUGCAUCUGCUGGGCUUCCAAGGACAGCAGCAACCUGGGUCUGGCAAACAUCGACUUCUGAGGGCUGCAGCAGGGAGCCCUGCAGAGCUGGGGCUCGGGCCAGGACAUGGAGAGGAUGGCAUUGGCACUGCCAGCCCCGGGCUGUGCCUGGGACACUCCUGGUGCUGCUGGGGACGGGCCUGGUGCCUCUGGGUGGAUUCAGGAGCAUCUCCUGUGAGCAGGACCUGCCUCCCGCUCCCAGCCCUGCGCGGGGGACUCGCACAAGGUGUCAGUAACUCCUGUUCAGAGCUUGCCUUCCUUAGUUCAAACUGAAAGUAAAGUGUUCUUGGGUUCUGUGAUUUCCCUCUUGUGUGUGUUUGUGGCUGUGUAACACGUGUUUGUGGCAGGAGCCUGGGGAGCUGCAGCAGGGGGUGGCUGAGCAGGAGUUUGGGCAUUUUUGGUCUCUUCAGGUCUAAUUUGGAUGAAGUGUCACCGUGUCAGCUUCUCCAGGCUUCAGUGACAAUGCUGUCACUGCUGGGGAUUCUCGGAGGGGAAGGCUGGAGGAGAAAGAGGGCCCUGACUGUGGUCAGUGAUGUACAAGAAACUGGAAAAUAGACUCAAUUUAACUGGGAAGGGCUUAGCUUGUGGUUUCGGCACUGGCAUGCUGAAGAAAGAAAUUAAUCUCAAUUUGCACUGCUUCUGGUAGUAUCUUUACACCAGUUCCUCCUUCUCUUUCCCCUUAAAAGAAGCAAAACAAAAUCCCAACAGCAAUGAAAGCCCUUGUCCUGUCAUUUGAAAUUGAAUCUUGCAACCUUCCUAUGAGAAACAGAAUAAAUGUUUAGUAUUUAUAA